UCCAUAGAAAAUAAGCUAGACUCAGAUUCUCGAGAGUAUUAAGAAUUAAUACUUAAGAGUAUUAAGAAUUGGGACCAUUAGUAAUAGUUAUAACUAGUUAUAGAAUAAUAAGUAAGUUUGAAAUGUUUACUGAAUAAAAGGUAGAAAGGAAACAGGAAGUAAUAGAAUGUCUUCCAAAGAGGGAAGAUGUGGAAAAGAACAAGAUAAUGCUUCCAGUAAUUAAAAAUAUAAGUACUUAAAUAGAUGCUUCCGUGAUGGCUUAAACAGCAGACUAACUACAGCUGAGACUAACUACAACAACUGGAGAAUUGAUCAUCACCCAGGAGGAAACAGGAGGUAAGAGACAUGGAGAACCCAAUGAGAAAGUUUAUCGCGUGUCCACAUGAAGAGAAUCAAGAGAAGAGAACAGUGUGGGGAGCAUAUUCUAAGGACAUGCCUGAGUUUCUUCCUGAGGUCAUGGAAUAAAAAGCACGAAUCUUAUGAUUCAGAAAUCACGUGUGCCCCUUGACACCUAGUGGUGGUCACACCGCAGGAGACUGAGGGCACAGAGGAUUUUUGCAGCUGCCAGAGGAAAGGACAGGGGAGCAGGUCAGCCAGACUGGGCACUUCUCAACAGAGACCGUAGAAACCAGAGGCGGCAGCUGGGAAGAACAGAACUGUCAGCCCGGAGUUGCAGACCCAGCUACACCACCGGCCAGGCACCUGGCCGCGGAGGACGCAGUGCAGGUGCUUUGCACCGCAGACCCUCACUUUGAGGGGCUUCUGAAGGAUGCGCCUGAGGGCAAAGGCCACCCAAAGCUGCCCCUGGAGAGGAAGACCAUCUGAGGUGUAUGGGAAAAUGGUGAUCAAGGGACUGGACAGUAGGUGUGUGUCACCAGUACGGAUGAAGCCGAGAGCGAGGCGUACCCCUGACCACCUACACCUUUCGGAGUUUUGCGGCGGAACCUCGGAAACUACAACUCCCGUGAGGCUCCGCGCGGCACGCAGGCGCCGUGGCAUACAUGUUGUGCGUGGCCGUUCUAGAACGCCUCUCCGAGGGCCCGGGCGCCAUGUUGGGGCCGAGGGGACUACCGGGAGGCGCUUGAAGCGGCGGGAGUGGUGCGGGAGCGGGUUGGACCUGGGUUGGUAGGAGCCCCGCCCCUCCCGCCUCAGCGGAUCAUGACCCGGGCAGCGGCCGUGGAGGUCACGGUCGCGGUGGCGGGGGACGUGGCGUGGCAGGGCCGGCGCUAGAGAUGAUGCCGUUUCCGGUGACAACCCCCGGAUCACAACAGACACCGCCGCCGCCCAAGCGCUAUGGCAUCUCCUCCCCCAUCAGCUUAGCAGCCCCCAAGGAGACUGACUGCGUACUUACCCAGAAGUUAAUUGAAACCCUGAAGCCGUUUGGGGUUUUUGAAGAGGAAGAGGAACUGCAGCGCAGGAUUUUAAUUUUGGAAAAAUUAAAUAAUCUGGUAAAGGAAUGGAUACGAGAAAUCAGUGAAAGCAAGAGCCUUCCACAAGCUGUAAUUGAAAAUGUUGGAGGGAAAAUCUUUACGUUUGGCUCUUACAGAUUAGGAGUACACACGAAAGGCGCUGACAUUGAUGCGCUGUGCGUUGCGCCGAGACAUGUUGAUCGAAGUGACUUUUUCACCUCAUUCUAUGACAAAUUGAAACUACACGAAGAAGUAAAAGAUUUAAGGGCUGUUGAGGAGGCCUUUGUACCAGUUAUUAAACUGUGUUUUGAUGGUAUAGAGAUUGAUAUUUUGUUUGCGAGGUUGGCACUGCAGACUAUUCCAGAAGAUUUGGACCUAAGAGAUGACAGUCUGCUGAAAAACUUAGAUAUUAGAUGCAUAAGAAGCCUUAACGGUUGCCGGGUGACAGAUGAAAUUUUACAUCUAGUUCCAAACAUUGACAACUUCAGGUUAACUCUCAGAGCCAUCAAACUGUGGGCCAAAUGCCACAAUAUCUAUUCCAAUAUAUUAGGAUUCCUGGGAGGUGUUUCUUGGGCCAUGUUAGUAGCGAGAACUUGCCAGCUCUACCCAAAUGCAAUAGCAUCAACUCUUGUUCGUAAGUUUUUCUUGGUAUUUUCUGAAUGGGAAUGGCCAAAUCCAGUGCUACUAAAAGAGCCUGAAGAGCGGAAUCUUAAUUUGCCUGUAUGGGACCCAAGAGUAAAUCCCAGUGAUAGGUACCACCUUAUGCCCAUAAUCACACCAGCGUACCCACAGCAGAACUCCACAUACAAUGUGUCUGUUUCAACAAGGAUGGUCAUGAUUGAGGAGUUUAAACAAGGGCUUGCUAUCACACAUGAAAUUUUGCUGAGUAAGGCAGAGUGGUCUAAGCUUUUUGAAGCUCGAAGCUUCUUUCAAAAGUACAAGCAUUAUAUUGUACUCCUAGCAAGUGCACCAACAGAAAAACAACAUCUAGAAUGGGUGGGCUUGGUGGAGUCAAAAAUCCGAAUCCUGGUUGGAAGCUUGGAGAAGAAUGAAUUUAUUACUCUGGCGCAUGUGAAUCCUCAGUCGUUUCCGGCACCUAAAGAAAAUCCUGACAAGGAACAAUUUCGUACAAUGUGGGUGAUUGGCUUAGUGUUAAAAAGGCCAGAAAACUCCGAGGUUCUCAGUAUUGAUCUCACCUAUGAUAUCCAGUCUUUCACAGAUACAGUUUAUAGGCAAGCAAUAAAUAGCAAGAUGUUUGAGAUGGAUAUGAAAAUUGCUGCAAUGCAUUUAAGAAGAAAGGAACUUCAUCAACUGCUGCCUAAUCAUGUGCUUCAGAAACGGAAAACCCAUUCAACGGAAGGUGUCACUUUAACAGCUUUGAGUGACAGCAGCCUUGGCUUGUCUACAGACAGUGAAGACAGCAUGUCUGUGCCUUUACCUGCUGGCACUAUGAAGACCGGCCCAGUGGCUGGCAGCUCUCAGGGCAGAAACAGUCCUGCUCCUGCUGUAAUGGCAGCAUCUGUGACUGCCGUACAAGUUACUGAAGUUUCCUUGCAACAAGGGACUCCAAGCGAAAGCUUAGGGGGUGCAUCAAGCGAAAGCAUUCCUCAGACUGCCUCACAGCCAGCCCUCCUUCCACUACCAAAGGCCACAGUUGCCAGAGUUGUUUCUUCAACACGUCUGGUAAACCAUCCACCCAGGCCUUCAGGGAGCACUGCAACAAACAUAGCUAAUCCUAUCGUGGGUGUCUAGUCGGCAUUCUCACCUCAUAAAGGACCAAGGAAACUAAAAGAAGAGGAACAGACUCCUAAAGAGACAAGUACAACUCCAUUAGAAACUACUCCGACAGUGGCUGGCCUUGUGGCAAACAUCCAGUACAGAACUUUCUAAUAUCCCAGCUCUCCCUGCAAAUCCUGUUACCAAGAAUUCGGGAAGACAGAUUGAACUGCUACAAACAACCUCAAAGGUCCAUAAACUAUAUCUGCCAACUCAACCUGUGGUCUUCAAAUGAUAAAGGAGGAGAACAAAGGGUACCAAACUAGAUUUGACUCAAGCUAGAUUUAGCCUUACUUGGUAACUUCCCUUACUUGGCUAAUUUGAUCAGAGGUCCAGGUUAGUAUAUGAUGCUAGAAGUACUACUACAAAUGCAUCAGCAGCGGUUACAGUAACUUUUAAAGGAAGACUGCCCAUAAAGAGAAAAGAGAAAAAGCCCUCCAGCUAUAUUUGUACCCAUGCCUGACAUCCGGACUGGAUUUAUGUUUGAUGCAUUGUUGGGGAAAAUUUGCAAUACAAACUGGUAUUGGAAUUCCUUACACUGAUGAUGCACUUUAUGUAUAUUUUUAUUAGAAAGUAGAACUAAUUUUAAGUUUUUCAGCUUGAUGAAUUUUAGUUUUUUUCUUAAAGAUUUUUCUUCUUUAUUAACUGUCAAACCGGAUGCCCUUGUGCAGUGUGUACUAAACUCCAGAAAAAGCACAAACAUCCAUUUAGCUUGGUCCCCAUGACGUAGCUUUAACCCUUUAAAAUGAAAUGUCAGCUCAUUGGGUAUAUAUCUGACACUGAAACAGUGAUCGGUAAGUCUUUGGUUUUGCCGGGAUGCCAUCAAGAAAUAAUAUGUUGGUUUUAUCUGUGGAAUUGUUUUAGAGUGCAUACAAUCAGCAGUCACGCAGCAAAUACUGUCUCAUAGCUAACAGAGCUCCGUAUUCUUGUGUCCUUAAGCAUUUGUCCUAAAAAACAACCUUUUACUUCCCCUUCCUUCUCUUUGCUUGUAUGUACGAGGUAUGCUUGUAUGAGUCCUAAAAAAAAAAAAAACCCAGAAUGCUAAUGUAUUCUUAACCACAAUGUGAAACCCACAAUCCUGUGGUCACAUGGUACAAAACACUGGAUUUUGAUUCCAUGGCUAAUAUUUCAUGAAAGCUUUACUGAAAGUAAUGAAUUGGGAAACAGUUACCGGUCUCGGAUGGCUAUUUGACCUACAGAGGAGAAAUUUUGUAUGCACCCACAGAGUAUCUGCUUACAGUAGAGCUAAUUUCCAGUUUAAACCUGUAGCAAAAAGGUAUCUUCUCCAAAAUAUUUAAGCCAAUUUUUAUUUUUAAAGGAAUAACUAAAAUUUAUUGGUAAAUUUUAUAUGUGGAAACAUACAAAAUAGUUCCUAGCAAGCAUUUGAUAUCUAGUAGCUUCCGGUUUUUGUUUUACUCUACAAGAGAUUAGGAAUGCCUUCCUUUAAAAAAAAAAAAAAAAAAGACUACUCAUAACUAAGUGGCAGGACGUCCAUGUUUAGGACACGUGAAUGGCCGCAGAUGUAGAUGAAUUGAAGUUUUGUCUUAAUUUGGACACAGUGAGCCCGACAGUUUUCCGGUUAGCCUGGUCCUGAUUCCUGCCUUUCUACCACAUGUGCAUUUUUCAUGUGAAACCGUAAUUUAUUUCUUAAGCCCUUUCCCUAUCCUUCUAGAUUAACUUUCCAAAGUUGGAAUAUAGUCUUCUUCCUUUUAGGCUCUGCAGUAAUUGAGGCUUUGUUUUCACCCCUACUUUGUGAUGUCAAGUUCACAGUGUUCCUGUUGCCCACAUCUUUGCCCCGUGCAGUCACCUUGCCCUUCCGCCACAGUAAGUCAGGUGAAGUGCGCGCGAGACCUGUGGGGUCUGGCUGGAAUUGCCAGGCACAAAUGUAGUCUUGUCAUUUUGUUUACACGUUGGCGGGAAAAUUAGUUUAUUAAGUGUUUUAUGUAAUUCUACUUGUUUAACCACAUUGGAAACUUGGAGCUUUCUAGUUUUCAUUAACUGAAUAUCAGACUGGUUUUUUUCACAUGAUGUACAUAGUGUCUCAUGACUGGAGUUGGCUUUGUUUUGUAAAACCUGUACCCCUUGUAUUUUUCAAGCGCUGUUUUGCAAACAGAUGAUGUAUUUCUCCAUUGAAAACCACAAUAAAAA